AUGGGGGCCACGUCCUAUGGAGGUGUGCUGGGAUUUCCCAACUCUAGUGCCCCCUUACGAACUGUAAAAGCCAUCCAAUUCGGCAUACUUUCUCCUGAAGAAACGAAAGCAAUGUCGGUUUGCAAAAUCGAGAGUUCGGAGUCUUGGGAGAAUGAUAAACCAAAGCUAGGUGGUUUGCAUGAUCCAAGAAUGGGCACUGUGGAUCGUUCAUAUACAUGCCAGACUUGCAAUGAAGAUCAAACCAAUUGCCCAGGUCAUUUCGGACAUAUCGAACUAGCCAAACCCGUCUUCCAUGGUGGCUUUAUCGUAAAAAUCAAAAAAGUCUUGGAAUGCAUCUGUGUAUCGUGUGGAAAACUCAAAUCAGACGAUUCAAACCAGAGCUUCCAUCGCGCUCGUCUCAUCUCAGAUCGCAAGAAACGAUUGAAUGCCGUCUGGAAUAUAUGUAAAACUAAAAGAGACUGUGAAGGAAGUAAAGAUGGCAGUGAUGAUUUCAUGGCGGAUGUUGAUAAUAAUCGAGAUAAUCGUGGUAAAGGAGACAAGAAGGAAUCAACUCAUGGAGGGUGUGGUGCUGCUCAACCUGCAUUCAGGAAGAAGGGGUUGUCGUUGGAAGUUAUUGAGAAGGGAUCGAAAGAUGACGGUGGUGAAGGCGCUGCUAAAGGCCGAACUAUCUCACCUGGUGAAGUGUUACAGCUCUUCCAAUCUAUCACUGAUGAAGAUGCUGAAGCAAUGGGGUUCAGUGCUGAUUUCUCAAGACCUGAGUGGAUGGUUAUCAGUGUCUUGCCUGUCCCUCCUAUGGCUGUUCGUCCAUCAGUACAUCAAGAAGGCAUAGGUAGAAGUGAAGAUGAUUUGACUCACAAGCUCAUGGACAUUCUGAAAGCAAACAACGCCUUGAAGAAACAUGAAGCUGAUGGAUCUCCUCUGCUAGUGCUCCGCGAGUUUGAAGACUUGCUCCAAUACCAAACAGCUACAUUGAUGGACAAUGAUCUAGCUGGUGUACCCCAAUCUCUUCAAAAAUCAGGCCGACCGAUCAAGUCCAUUCGAGCUCGGUUAAAGGGCAAAGAAGGACGUCUCCGUGGUAAUUUGAUGGGAAAGCGUGUCGAUUUUUCAGCUCGUACUGUCAUUACUGGUGAUCCAAACUUGUCAAUCGACCAAGUUGGUGUACCACGAUCAAUCGCCAAGAAUAUGACCUUUCCAGAACGUGUCACGGCUCAUAAUAUACAGGUGCUCACGCAAGCCGUAGAAAAUGGUCCAAAUGAACAUCCAGGUGCUAAAUAUGUCAUUCGAGACAAUGGAGAACGUGUCGAUCUACGUUUUGCACGAGGUGGUUCAUUCGCCUUGCAAGUUGGAUAUAUAGUUGAACGACACAUGCGAGAUGAUGAUGUGGUCAUCUUCAAUCGUCAACCGUCAUUGCAUAAAAUGUCUAUGAUGGGUCAUAGAGUCAAAGUUAUGCCAUUUUCCACCUUCCGUCUUAAUUUAUCAGUCACUACACCUUACAACGCCGACUUUGAUGGUGAUGAAAUGAAUUUACAUUUGCCACAGUCGUAUGAGACGAUGGCUGAAAUCACGGAAUUGUGUAUGGUGCCAAAGCAGAUUGUUUCUCCACAAAAGAAUGCACCUGUCAUGGGUAUUGUGCAAGAUACGCUUUGUGGUAUUCGUAAGUUUACCAAACGUGAUACCUUUCUGGACAUUGAUCUCAUGAUGAAUUUGUUGAUGUGGGUCCCUGAUUGGGAUGGAAGGUUGCCAACUCCUUGUAUUAUAAAACCUGUACCAUUAUGGACUGGCAAACAAGCUGUCAGCUUGAUUCUCCCCAUGAUCAACUACAACGGAUUCCACGUCACUCAUCCAGACAAGGAAACUGGAGACAACAGUCCUGGAGAUACCAAAGUCAUGAUUGAACAUGGAGAAUUGGUGAUGGGAAUACUGUGUAAAAAGGCUGUAGGUUCAUCUGCAGGUGGUGGUAUCAUCCACAUUGCAAUGAACGAAUACGGUCCAGAAACGGCCAAAAAAUUCUUCAACGCCACCCAACGUGUAGUCAACUAUUGGUUGCUGCAUCGUAGUUUCUCAAUCGGUAUAGGAGACACUAUUGCCGAUUACAAAACUAUGGGUGAAAUCACCACAUCCAUUAGUCAAGCAAAGGCUCAAGUGCAGGAAAUUAUCUCGAUGGCCCAACAAGGUCGUUUAGAGGCAGCUCCUGGAAUGACCAUUCGACAAUCAUUCGAAGCCAAAGUCAAUCACGAAUUAAACAAUGCUCGUGAUAAGGCCGGAAAAUCUGCUCAAGAUUCUCUACCAUCCUUUAACAAUGUAAAACAGAUGGUCGUGGCUGGAUCAAAGGGCUCGUAUAUUAAUAUUUCACAGAUGACGGCUUGUGUCGGUCAGCAAAACGUAGAAGGACGUCGUAUUCCAUAUGGUUUCCAAUACCGUACUCUACCACAUUUCGUUAAAGAUGACCAUUCGCCCGAAGCUCGAGGAUUUGUAGAAAACUCGUAUUUGAGAGGUCUAACACCUCAAGAGUUUUUCUUCCACGCCAUGGGUGGUCGUGAAGGGUUGAUUGAUACAGCUGUAAAGACUGCCGAGACUGGGUAUAUUCAACGUCGUCUUGUCAAGGCUUUGGAAGAUGUCAUGGUGAAAUAUGAUGGUACGGUUCGAAAUGCUCAAGGAGAUGUCGUCCAAUUCUGUUAUGGAGAGGAUGGUAUGGAUGGUGGUAAGGUUGAGAGGCAGAAGCUUUCGACUAUGGAGCUGGCUGAUAAAGAGUUUGUACGAAAGUAUAGAGUGGAUCUGACUGGUGAAUAUGCUAUUCGUGAGAACUUGAUGGAUCAUAAAGUCUAUCAAUCCUAUCAAGACGAUCGUGAAGCCGAAGAGCUGCUCACCCAGGAAUUCGAGCAACUACAACGAGAUCGUGCAGCCUUACGAGAAGAGGUCUUCCCGCGUGGUGAUGGUUCUGCUGAUUGGCCACUCCCCGUGAACUUGCUGAGACUCAUCACGAACGUACAAUAUCAAUUCCGUGAUGAAAAGCCAGGCCAACUCUCACCACUAGACGUAAUCCGAAGCAUACGAGAAUUAUUAAACGAUGAGCGUCUCAAAGUGGUUCGAGGAGAUGAUGAAUUGUCUCUUCAAGCCCAAGAGAAUGCUACAUUGCUCUUCUCGUGUCUCUUGCGUAGUUUCCUGGCUUCGCGACGAGUUAUUGAAGAAUUCAAAUUGUCGGCUGGUGCAUUUGCAUUCUUACUGAAUGAAAUCAAGAGACGGUUUGCAGAGUCUGUUGUUCAGCCUGGAGAGAUGAUUGGUACUAUCGCUGCUCAAUCUAUUGGUGAACCAGCUACGCAAAUGACACUCAACACCUUCCAUUAUGCUGGUGUGUCGUCCAAGAACGUUACUCUUGGUGUUCCUCGUCUCAAGGAGAUUAUCAAUGUGGCAACCAACAUCAAGACACCAUCCAUGGUGGUAUACUUGACUGAAGAGUACAGGCAAAACGUCAACACUGCCAAGGUUGUGCACUCUGAUCUUGUACAUACUAAAUUGGCCGAUGUAUGCUCCAUGACCGAAAUCGUCUAUGAUCCAGAUGCACGAAAUUCACAACAUCCGCUCGAUCGUGAGAUUUAUGAUAUGUACAUGCAGAUGGAUGAUGACGGCACGUCUCAAUGGUCACCAUGGGUCUUGCGUAUUGAAAUCUCUCGAGCCCGAAAGAUUGAUCGUCGCUUGACCAUGGAGCAAAUCUCACGAGCCAUCGAAAAAGAAUUUGAAGAUGAAAUCAAAUGCUGGCAUUGUGAUGAUAAUUUCGAGUCUGGAGAGCUAGUUAUUCUUUGUCGUAUUGUAAAUAAUGGUGACAAGGAAGACGAUGAUGAUGUCGCUGCCAGUGAAGAAGAAGUAUUGAGAACUUUGGAAGCCAUGAUUCUAUCCAAAGUUGCUAUACAUGGUAUAGUUGGUAUCAAUCGAGGAUAUAUUUCGAGUGUGAAGACUACACAGGUCGACAAAGCCACUGGUAAAAUAGUUCGGUUUGAUGAGACGGUGCUGGAAACGGAUGGUAUCAAUCUCCGUGAUGUCUUGGCUCACACAAAAGUCGACUCUACUCGAACAUACUCCAAUUCGAUUACCGAAACCAUGGAAGUACUGGGAAUCGAGGCAGCUCGAGCUGCCUUAUUACGAGAAAUCAAGAAGGUUAUUGAGUUUGAUGCCUCGUAUGUCAAUUACCGUCACAUGGCACUGCUUUGUGACAUAAUGACUUAUAAGGGUAUUCUCAUGUCGAUUACUCGUCACGGCAUCAAUCGAACGGAAGCAGGUGCUUUGGCACGUAGUUCUUUUGAAGAAACCGUCGAGUUGUUGUAUGAAGCCGCUGGAAUUGGUGAAUUGGAUGCUUGUAAAGGAGUCAGUCAGAACAUCAUUUUGGGUCAAUUGGCUCCUAUGGGUACUGGCGCGUUUGAAGUGUUGCUGAACGAAGAAAUGCUUAAAGACGUUGCAACUGAACCCGACGAGUUUAGUGCCAUGGCCACAGGAUACAAUGACCUUCCAACUGCCAUGACGCCCAGUUACGGAGCAAUGACACCAGCAGCUCGGUCUGGAGCACUUACACCAUUCUCCGGAUCGAUGACACCAAACCAAUUCCGAGCAGGAGAUGGUUACAUGUCGCCACUUGCUGGAAUAGUAUUCAGUCCCAAUGCUGAGCGUACAGGAGGGUCGUACAGUCAGUAUCAAGGUACUCCUGGACAAUUUUAUUCGCCUUCUUCUCCUAAUGGACGAGAUGGUACAUCGCCCACGUACAGUCCAACGAGUCCUGGAUACAGUCCAACGAGCCCAACUAGUCCAUCGUAUUCCCCUACAUCGCCGUCGUAUUCUCCUACGUCACCAUCAUAUUCCCCAACCAGUCCAUCAUAUUCACCAACGUCGCCUGGAUGGUCUCCAACAAGCCCACAAUUCUCUCCUACGAGUCCAUCAUACUCGCCGACAAGUCCCUCAUACUCACCAACGAGUCCGUCGUACAGUCCUGGAUUCAGUCCUGGUCUCAGUCCAGCCAGUCCUCAUUAUUCUCCAACAUCACCAUCAUACAGCCCGACGUCACCAACUUAUAGUCCGACGUCACCAACGUAUAGUCCUACGUCCCCUACUUAUAGCCCUGGAAUGAGUCCAACAUCGCCCCACCACAAUCCACAAGGAUACAGCCCGUCAAGUCCCAAGUACUCUCCAACAUCGCCUGGAUUCAGUCCCUCGUCACCACAAUAUCAGCCGAAUACAGGACAAAUGUCUGUGUAUUCGCCAUCAAGUCCAAAGUACUCGCCAACUUCGCCUCAGUAUUCGCCAAGCUCACCACAGCAUGAUCCAAGUGGUAAAUAUAGUCCUAGUACUGAGAAGUGA